GGAUAUCAGUUUCAUGGAGCGGCCACAAAAUUUUUCUAUAUAGCAGUGACACCAAUCUUUUAACUCGUUACUCUUCGAAGGUAAUUCUACACUCGCGGCCUACAUGCGUGCCUGGUUCGUGUCUUUUGUCGUGCACCUCGGCCCUAGCGGGUACAGUGCUUACGGUCCGGCUGCAGCGCCAGCUUGGCCGGGGAAACGACCAAGGAAUUUGGCCGCAAUGGUGAGAAAGGGGCAAAGAGUAGGAAUUGUAGCCUUGAUCAUUUUCCAAUCAUUGCACGGGCUGAGACCAUGUUGUGAACGCCUGUUUAAGCAGCAUCUGGAUGCGUAAUGCUUACAUGACUCAAGUAUUGUAAUUAAGUACUAUCC